AAUCGUUUUAAUUUGCUACAAAAUGCUGACCGUUUCAGUAUUGAAUAUGUGGUUUUAAUUCGCAUAACUGUUCAAAAUAAAUUCAUUAACAAAAUGAAUUGUUCCAAAUAUACAUGAAAUCCUCCCAAAAAAUGGCAAACAUCUCACCACACCCUCUUCUUCUUCUCACUUUUGCAGCCCUCUUCAUUUUAAAUUCACCAGCAACAAUAUUUGCAGAAAAAGAAGUUUCUGCAGGAGGAUUGAAACCCGCAUCAAAAUCACAGAACGAACGAUACAGAGCUGUCAAUGAAUUGUGCAACCAAAGAACAAGCAGAGAAGCCAUAGAUUUCUGCACUAAAGCCCUGAAAUCAGAUCGCAGAAGUGCUUAUGCAAAAGACAACGUAAGUCUUCUUCUGAUUUCCGUUGAUUUAGCAAGGGGGGAGAUAAACAGAACCAGGGAUUACUAUGCUUCAAUUUUAUUCAAGCUUCAAAACAAGAAGUCCUCAAAAUUUGUGUUGGCCCUCAAGGAUUGCGUCUCUGCUUAUGAUUGGGGGAAUGAAGAACUGAGUCUUAUUCCCACAGAGUUAAGAAAAGGCCCUGCUUUUGCAGGCUACGAUGCUAAGAUUGCCCAUGAUGCUCUGCAACGGUGUACUGACACUUUAAAUCAGCACAAAAUUUCUAAUCAUUCGGUUUUAGCAAGACACAGAAAUUCAACCGACUAUGUUCAGCUCUGUGUGGAUAUUACUUUGGCUAUUAAAUGAAAAUUGUGUUAUCGGCUGUGCCAAAAUGAUUGUUCUUUUUUUUUUUUUGGCUGCACUAAUAAAAACACAAAUCAUUUCCAGAUGCAGAGGGUAGGAAUCUAUCAAUAAAUUAGUGCUGAAAUUACGUAUCAUCAAUUCCAGAUUCAUC